CGCGCACCGAACACUCGCCACUAGCGUAACGUGAUUAUAAAAUACAAAACAUUUUCAUACGCACACUCAAUUAUUUAUUAUGUCAUAAAAAAUAAAUGAACAUAUAGUGGCAAACAAUCAAUAUGACGUUACGGGUCGAAGUGCCCGGCGAAAAGGUGGUGACUGUGGAACCAUGCAAGUGCAGUAAGCAAUACGGUGCCGAAACCAAAACCGAAACUAGACUGAGCAAAAGUUUAAAACAAUACAUUAAAAAGUUAUGGGCGUUCAGGGCUAAAAUAACAGUGGAACCGUUCGUUAUAUGUUAUGUGUUGCCUAGUGUUCUCGCAGGGUUGGCCGUCCAGAACCUAUGCUUCGAGAAAGCAUGUCUCGUCAACUUGCAGUACGACAACCAGACCUGCCGGCACAUCAUACAGGGCCGCACGCACAACUACACCGAAGAAGAAAAAAAUGUACAACGAAUGGUCACCAAGAUGACCAGCUGGAGCUUCCCGCUUCAGACAGCGUUACCCGGUAUAUUGGCACUCUUCAUAGGAGCUUGGAGCGAUAGAACAGGCAGCCGAAAGACGUUCAUGGUCAUCCCAAUACUCGGGAAACUGAUUUCGGCUAUCGGCAUUGUUUUGAGUACUGUCUUCUUCUUCAAAGUAGGAAUGAAUGAGACUGCGGUUUUGGAAGGUCUGCCGCCAGCGUUGGCUGGUGGACGAGUGGCUAUGACCAUGGCUGUGUACAGCUACAUCACGGAUAUCACAAGUGAAUCUGAGAGGACUUUUCGAAUAGGCAUCAUAACUGCUAUACUGACGCUGAGUAGGCCCGUAGGUCUCGCGCUAAGUGGUAUUAUGACAAGUCAAAUAGGUUACUACGGCGUGUUUAUGGUCGCGUGUUUGUUCUAUUUGUUCGGUUUUGUCUAUAUACUGCUGCGUUUGAAGGAAAAGAAGAAGAAAGAAUUGGAUAAGAAGCAGCAGAGUAUACUGUCGGUGUUCUCGAUACAAGAUCUGAUGGCGACGUUGGCAGUGGCUUUUAGGACUAGAAGUGGAUCGCGAAGACUUCAGAUCAUACUGAUUAUGUUUGCUCAUAUGCUCAUCGUUGGACCGGUAUUAGGUAAACUAUUUUUAUUUUUAUUAAUAUAUUAAAAAUCGAACUAAAAU